AUGUCAACUUACAAAUUAUAUUAUUUUAACGGGCGUGGUCGUGCUGAAAUAUCACGUCUAAUCUUUGCUGCUGCUGGUCAAAAAUUUCACGAUAUUCGAUAUGAAGAGAGCGAAUGGCCAACACAUAAAACUGAAAUGCCUCUUGGGCAAAUACCAGUACUUGAAAUCAAUGGAUUCAAAUUACCUCAAUCGAUUUCUAUUGCACGUUAUCUUGCCAAAGAAUUUCAUUUGGCAGGUAAAAAUAAUUUGGAACAAGCUAAAGUAGAUGCCGUUGCUGAUACAUUAACUGAUUUAAUUAAUAAAUUCGCACCAAUUUUGUGGGAAGAAGAAGAUGAAAACAAGAAAAAAGAAGGUAUUAACAAAUUUAUGACUGAAGAAUUACCAAAACAUUUAAAAAAUCUCGAAACUUUGGGACAUUCUUACAGUGAUGGUGGUCAUUUUUUCGUUGGUAAUAACCUCACCUGGGUAGAUCUAUAUGUAUACGAUAUGGCUCAGAAUCUUCUCGAAAUAGAUGGCAACCUUUUCAAUCAAUAUCCUUGGUUAAAAGCUAAUCGAAAAGAAGUUGAAAAACAACCAAGAAUUGCGGCAUACCUCAAGAGUCGUCCAAUAACACCAUACUAA